AUCGAUUCCUCUUCGCCGUCAUCGAGCACGACGAGCUCGCGCUCGAGGUCAUUGUAUGACACGAUGAGUAAGACAGAAAGCCAAGCAUUUUCUUUUCCUCGUCCUGCUUCUCCAACGAAGGAAGCGCUACGUCCCAACGCCCAUCCCUACCCGAUAAAGACGACCUCCACCGGGGUUCUUACUCGCUCCAACUCAAAUGCCUCGCCGCAACAGCAGAGCACCGCCCACCAUUAUGUGCCCAGUUCAUCGCCCGGCCCAUCGAGGUCGAACUCGUCGCCGAAACUAAAUGGUCGCGGGCAUCGAUACAGCCGAAGCCUAAGUUCGGAUCUCCCACGACCAUUGCCCAUUCCACCGCCGUCUCCUUCACACAGUAUAGGUGACGUCUUCAGCGACUCGACGAGCGAGGGUUCAUCUGAUCGGAAGCCCAAACGGUCGGAGACACUGCCUACGCCGCCUGGGGUAGGGCCGCGGCGCCUGCCUGCGCUGGAUGAUCUCCCAACGAACCCAAAGUCUUGGACGCCUUCCCAACUGUCUCUUUACCUUUCCACGACGUUGAAGGUGCGGUCUGGCGAGACCUUACAGCUCCCAGCGCCUGUAGCUCAGGAUAUUGCCACGUUUGUCAGGGAGAGCAGAAUCACCGGCAGGUCUUUCCUCCACAUGAAGGAAGAAGACUUGGAACAGUUCCAAAUCAACAAACUCUGGCGUUCUGCUCUGCUUUCAGCCUCGCGGAGUCUUCGUCAGAAUGUCCUCAAAGGCCGUAUCUGGGGCUUCGGUAAUGGCAUAGAUGGCUCCCCGUACUCUGUUGUCGAUGUAUCUGACGAUGAGCACACGCCAAAUGGCCAUCUACGCAGGAGAUCUUCCUCACUCAGUGAAACAUAUUCAUCGAAUCUUUUCGUCAACGGCUCGGCUUCAUCUGAAGACUUGGAAAACAUUGACACGCCCAUACGUCGAAGCCUCAAGGGAAAGGCCUCUGGCGGUCGAUAUCGGAACGGACGCGUCAAAGGUAUGGUAGAAACCUUUGAGCGAAGUAACAGCGUCGAUGAGGGACUUUCUGAUGGUCAUUCUCCUCGUGAACGGAGCGGGAGCAAUGCGAGCACCAGUAGCGGGAGUAGUAUUUACGAAACCGCUGAUAGCGCUCAUGCCACGGUCAAACCGCGUCCACUGCCUGCGACGCCUUCGGACUCCUCCCUUUCUGUGUCUCCCCCCGAGGAGGAACCAUCAAUGGAAGCGCUUCUUGCUAAUUCCCACCUGUCAUCGGUAUCGCCGUUCACGGAACGACUUGAUAGUUCCUCUGUCACAAAGCGACCAAAGAAGCGGCGUGGAGGAGCUGUAGGUGUGCAUGCCUGGGAGGCGGAAGCUGAGGACAAUGCCGAUGGGGAGGGUGGCGUACAAAGGGUUACAGUGAAACGUGUUCUUCCUGUUCCUGGUACAGGUGUGGAAGACCUCUUCGCGCUGGGCCCUGUUGCGAAGACAAUGGUAGACGUUGGCGUAGGACCUCUUCCCGAGGAACCUGUGCCCGCCGUUGAUGCUCAUGCGCGAGCGCAAGUGGAGGAGCUCGAGAAAGACCUCGAAACGACGAAACAGCUUAUCGAAAAGCUCAAGUUGCGAUUAGAGGCUGUGGAGAAGGAUGUCGAGAGCAUGGAGAAAGCAGAGGCGGAAAGGGAGAGAGAGGCAGAACUGAAGGGGAAGGAGCGACAAGAGGAAAAGGAGCGAGCUCAAGCAUACCGGACAACUCAACUUGAACCUCAGACAUAUCUAGGAAAGAUCUUCCAUGCGCUAUUCGGUGCUCGUUCGAUGCCCUUCAAUGGUGGCGAGCGUCCGCGCUUCUUGACAUCAUCUUACUACGAAAGAUUCGUCGAGCCUACUACGCUCAGUGGACUGCCCUCUUAUAUCCUGCUGGUCGGCCUGGGAGUCUGUGCCGUCGUCCUGAGGGUGUUAAUCCGCAGGAGCCUUAUCGUCGUUCGGAGGCGAUAACAACCCACAAAACCAUUCAUCUUGCGGAUUAUCUUUGUUUUGAUAAGAACCUAUUUCUUUCUUCUCGUGUUUAUUUCAUGACUUGUCACGACACCUUACGAUAUACUUAUUGACUACGGCUAGCUGCUGUUCGCGCAUUGACGACCUUGCUUUCUUAUCUCUUGCUUUGUAUGUAUACAUGGUUAGGUCUAUGGGGUUUUCAUCUCGAAACUCGGUAUAAGAGUUCCUUGUAUUUAUAUGUGAGCGCUCAAUUACCUUUCUCACCGACGCAACGCAGAAAUCUUUCUGCCUCUACCACGGUAUCGUCGCAUCCAUAGCAUGUUCCUAACCGCCAGGAUGCAGAUACCGAAAUCCUUUUCAUGCCCAG